AUUCUUCCAAUCCUUACCCUCUCUUUUCUUCUUCUUCUUUUCUCUGUUUUGUUUCCCUUUCUCCAGGGAUCAACUCUGCUCUUGGUGGGUUCAUCAGAAGUUUUAGCUGAUAAACCAACACCAACAUUGCCAUUUUGUAGUAUAUUUAUACCUACAGGUUGCGUUGCAGAGCAGAUCUGUGUCACUGUUUUGAGUUUGUUCACUGAGCAGAUCAUUGUGUUUCUGCAUUUGGGUUUUGUUUCUAGAUUGGAACCCUGGUCUUUGUUGCUAUGGAGAAGCUUGUGAGGCUUAUUACCAUGGCUCCUCUGUUUCUGCAAAUGCUGCUUGUUUCUUUCCCUUUUGCUUUUGCUGGCCAUGACUAUGGCCAAGCUUUGACCAAGGGCAUUCUCUUCUUUGAAGCUCAGAGAUCUGGGUACCUUCCCAGUAACCAGAGAGUGAAGUGGAGAGCUGAUUCUGGUUUACAUGAUGGAAAGGCUAGUGGGGUGGAUCUGGUGGGAGGAUAUUAUGAUGCAGGUGACAAUGUGAAGUUUGGCCUACCCAUGGCAUUCACCGUUACAAUGAUGUCAUGGAGCAUAGUGGAGUAUGGGAAGCAAAUGGCUGCAAAUGGAGAGCUGGGUCAUGCCAUGGAGGCUGUGAAGUGGGGCACUGACUACCUCAUCAAAGCUCACCCCCACCCCGAUGUCCUCUACGGAGAGGUGGGAGAUGGAAACACUGAUCACUUCUGUUGGCAAAGGCCAGAGGACAUGACCACAGAUCGGCGGGCAUAUAAGAUCGAUCCCAGCAACCCCGGGUCCGACCUUGCCGGAGAGACCGCCGCCGCCAUGGCCGCCGCCUCUAUUGUCUUCCGCCGCUCCAACCCUUCCUACGCCAAUGAGCUUCUGACCCAUGCUCGACAGCUGUUCGAGUUUGGAGACAAAUACAGGGGCAAAUAUGACAGCAGCAUCACAGUGGCCCAGAAGUACUACCGCUCUUACAGUGGAUACGCUGAUGAGUUGCUCUGGGCAGCUGCUUGGUUAUAUCAAGCAACUAACAAUCAGUACUACUUGAGCUACCUUGGAAACAAUGGCCAGUCGCUCGGAGGAACCGGCUGGUCUAUGACAGAGUUCGGGUGGGACGCCAAGUAUGCUGGGGUUCAGGUUCUUGUGGCUAAGAUGUUAAUGCAAGGGAAGGGUGGUCGCUAUACCUCGGUUUUCCAGCAAUAUCAGCAGAAGGCUGAGUUUUUCAUGUGUUCAUGCCUGGGGAAGGGCACUAGGAACAUUCAGAAGACUCCAGGAGGCCUUCUUUACAGGCAGAGAUGGAACAAUAUGCAAUUCGUGACAAGCGCCUCUUUCCUUGUUACAGUGUACUCUGACUACCUUGCUUCGGCUGGUAAAAACUUGAACUGUGCUGCUGGCAGUGUCUCACCAUCUGGGCUUAUUUCAUUUGCAAAAUCUCAGGUGGAUUAUAUUCUUGGAGACAACCCAAGAGCCACAAGUUACAUGGUGGGGUAUGGAAACAACUAUCCUCGACAAGUCCACCACCGAGGAUCCUCGAUUGUGUCCAUUAAGGUUAACCCUUCAUUUGUCAGCUGCCGAGGAGGCUAUGCCACUUGGUUUUCCAGGAAGGGUAGCGAUCCUAAUCUCCUGACCGGUGCUAUAGUUGGUGGCCCUGAUGCCUAUGACAACUUUGCCGAUGAAAGAGACAAUUAUGAGCAAACAGAGCCUGCUACCUACAACAAUGCUCCUCUUAUUGGCUUAUUGGCUCGACUAAGCGGUGGUCAUGGUGGAUACAACCAGCUACUUCCAGUGGUUCUUCCAGCUCCCAAGGAGGUUGUUACCCAACCAAAAUCAGCUCCUACACCCAAAGUUACUCCAGCUCCAGCUUCAACUUCUGCCGAAAUUGCCAUUGAACAGAAACUCACAACUUCAUGGAAAGCCAAGGGGAACACUUACAAUAGAUACUCCACAAUUGUGACUAACAAGUCUGCUAAGACUCUGAAGGAUCUCAAGCUUACAAUAUCUAAGCUUUAUGGUCCACUCUGGGGCCUCACAAAGUCUGGUGAUUCAUAUGGUUUUCCAUCAUGGCUCAAAGCCUUAGCUGCUGGGGAGAAGCUUGAGUUUGUUUACAUCCAUUCUGCGGAUCCAGCAGAGGUCUCUGUUUCCAGCUACACUUUGGCAUGAGUGAGGAAGAAGCUUAGUUAAAAAGAGACGGUGGCACAGGUUUUCUGGGUUUGUAAUGUAAGAAUUGUGCAGUUAUACAGAAUGCAGUCCAGAAAGGUCUUUCCUUUUUCUUUUUUUCCCUUUUCCCUUUUUUUUUUCCUUUGAGGAGGGUUUCUCAAGUUCGUCUUUACUUGUUGAUUUGGGAUCUGAUUAGGGUUUUAGAGGAAGUUAGGUUAAAUAAGGUCGAAGGUUGGAGGAAGAAAGGAGUGAAGGGACAAAUUAAAAAAAGGUGCUCAUCCUCUUUCUCCUCCACUUCAUUAGGUAAUUAUAGAUAGAUUUCAGAUAGAGAGAGUGAAAGAGUGAAGGUUGAGAAGUGAAGAAAAAGGCUUCUCAACAGAGUUCAAGGAGUCUUUUUUACUUCAAAACAGCUUUGUAUGCCCGUUUUGGUUUUUUUUUUUGGUUGUAAUGUUGUAAUCUUUGCAACAUUUCUUAUUUCCCAUAUGAAUAUAGUUUGUGCAAUCACAUUGUGUCUUCAUUUUCCUUUGUAAUUGAGAAAAUACAUAGCAACUUGUGCCU